GCAUAUUGCUUAGCCAGCCAUAAUCGCAGAAAGGAUAAGUAGUUUGAGAAACGAAACACUUGAGCGAUCGGGAUCUCCACGUAUCAGUCUCUCAUCAACGCCGUCUUGCGAAACCAAUAAACGUACUAUUCAGCGCAGCGGACCGCCGUGAGACCACCCGCCUCAUUCCUCCGGUGUUUCGUGACAGAGUCGGAAUGUUCUUGCGUGCACAUUUUGCAGGUUGAGUCGAUUGACAUCAACGCGUAUCGUUUCGGUGAACACGAGAGAAAUAGUGGCAACAGGCAUUUUCUUCAUCUUGUUCAUUUUUCUAAGCGAAUAAAAAAUAACCAGGGACGUAUUUUGGUUAGCCUACGAAGGUAAAAGGUCUCACCUGGAAUACUUUCACAGAACUAAAUUAAUGAAGUAUGAAGCAAAUAAGUUGAGCAGUGACUGUUGCCUUAAAGCAUGGAAACUGGGGUAGGUGAGAGGAAAACCUGGAAAGAAAUUAGUCACUACGGAGGUUGUUUUGUUAAUAAAGGAAGUGUCUAAUAUCUCUAGGGGGGUGCUGCAACAGUUUGUGGGAAUAACACAAUUUCUCAGCCAUCAUCGUCGCGCACAGAUGAAUAAGAUUUGAGACGGGAGUUGUCGUGAGGCUCAACACAAUUCUGUACAGAGGUACAUCUUUCUAUCGUUGAACACUCAAUUGUCAGUGGAUUCCAAGACCAAGCCUACCAAAAUAGAGAGGAAACAGCCAUGUCAACACUGUGGGAGUUUAAACCAUUUCAUGAAGACAUACAGCAAACAAUUUCAGACAUCUCUCAGUCUCUGUGAAAACUGUGCUUGUCCUUAAAGCAAAUCUCAUACUGGGAUCAGGAGGUUUACAUGUAGUGACUGUCCUUGAAAAUAGUCGUUGUGAAGAUAAUCUUGCCUUGCAAACCUUGUCCUCCCAUCUUAAGUUUAUUGAACUCUCUCCAAUAGCCUAAAUACCUAUACAUCAAUAGGCAUAUUUAUUGUGCCACAGGUCAUUUUAAAUUUGCACAUGAAGCGGUUAAAUGUUUACAUGCUGAAUGAAGAAAUUACUAUUUAUUUUAAUUUGAUAAUAUAGAGGUGUCAAUGCCAACAUUUAGAGAAACCGCUUUACAAAAUCACAAUGAUUCCUCACCAUAAUGUCCUAAGUGACUCAAAGGAGUUUACCGUGCUGAGUAGUCCUUUUAAGACGUAAACAAGUGCAGUUAAACAAAAAGAAUACCAGUACUUUUUGAUUUAGUAGGUUUUAUUUUUCACCAAGUGUAAAGAAAUAGUUUAUGCUCAAUUUUAGACAAAAUCAGGGAGCUUUGCAGGUCAGGGAAAUUUGCCUAAAGACAUAAAGUGCCAUUGUUGAAUGUAAGGAGUGCCAAAACACAAAACAAAAGAAGGCAAAAAUUACAUGCGUUUACAUUUUUAAGAUGUUUACAUUUGCCCCUCUCUCUUAAAUUUAUAUUUCAUUAUAAGAAGUGCCAAAACAAAGGAAUUUCCGUAAAUAUAAUCACUACAGCUUAACUGCCUUCAUGUGUUAUCUAAACUAUAUACUGAGUAAUAGAAGAAACAUAACGAGAGAAGCCAUUUCUUCUUUGUCGGUGGAUAUGUAAAAAUGUAAUUUUUUUGACGAAGAUCAUAAAAGGGAAUAUUUCCCUCCGCCUUGUUAAUACUUGCAAAAAUUUUGACGUUGCCUGCUAUUAAUAUCGUUGCCAUUUUCUCUUAUAGGCCUAACUUUUUCUGUAACUACAUGGUAAAUGUAGGCACUGCAUGUUAAUAUUGAGAGAAUGGUCACCUUGAAGCUGAAAGCAAAUUUGCUUGUUUUCGUCUCACACUGUCUCUCAGUGUGACAGUUUACAGAAGAUCCUCAGAACAGAAAUUUAUUUGAGACUGUUUUGAUAUAUACGUUGGAGGGCUGCUACAAGAAUAUUUUACAUAUAGCGUCGAACGGCCUGUUUUUUAUGUUCCACAUUCUGCGGCAAGUUGAGUCAGUGAGAGGAAAUAGCAGCGUUAGUCAUGUAAAGAUGAUGCCCACCUUGGAAGCCCGAGUGCGUGUCAUCGUUCUCUUCCUGCUCGUCGCUUUCCCACAUAUCACUUUCUCAGCGAGCGUCCCCGGCCCCUCAAGAAACACACCAAAUGGGCCCAUUACCAUCAGCCCGGUGCCCAAUCCCAGAGCUCAGGGAAGGGGCUUUCUGUUCCCGCUUUCCAAAAGCGGUGGAAACCUGCGAGGGAAGUCUAUGAGUCGUUGGCCAAAGCAGCCAGCUGGAGCAGUAGAAAUGCCCCCUAUGGCGCUGCCUCAGAAAAUGCAGCCAAAGAAUGUAACGGCCAACGCGCUGGAGCCCCCUUUUGAAGGAGCGCACAUAGCUCCACCUCCUCGCAAACUUGUGGAAGUGGACGUGUGCCGGGGUUAUUACGAUGUCAUGGGCCAGUACGACCAAACUUUUAAUUGUUCCAAGGAUGACUUCAUUUACUGCUGUGGAACCUGCCAUUACCGGUUUUGCUGUCCGGAUCGUUCCCGAAGAUUGGACCAGAACCCCUGCAACAACUACAACUCACCAGUGUGGGCCAAUACUUCCCCCCCAGCAACCAGGCCACCACCGCAAACCCAUCCCAACCAGAGCCGAAUUGAGCAGAGCAACAACACCGUCUAUGUGAUCGGUGGGGUCAUAUCGUUCACAGUGGCAGUAGCCGUGGCCAUUAAGGUGGCGUUCCACAAGGCAUCACGACAACCUAGGAACAGAGAACUCAACAUGCCCAGGGCUCUUGUGGAAAUGCUGCGUAACCAGUCGAGUCCAGUCCAAGAGGGAGAGAGAAACAACAGUGUAGCUAUAGGAAGUGGAGGAGGAGAGGGGACGCUUGGACGCCCUUCCAAAAACCUUUAUCCUACCCUACAGAGCAAAGAUAACCGACUGGGAAAUCUGCAGCAUAAUUACAUAAAUACCACAAGCUCCAGCCCCAAACAUACAGCCACCAUUGAACGUGCACCUCGCAUGAACAACAUGCAGAUGGCCACUGGUGGCACGUUGAAGCCCAGCAAGCAUACGAACGCCAUGAAGCCCCAACCUUCCUUUCAUCACUCUUUACACAACCUGGCUCAGCUGCCUCCGUCUUAUGAAGCAGCUAUGAAGCCUGACAUGAACAGAUACUCUUCUCUUAAGCGUUUGGAGAAAGGAGGAUUGGAGGACUAUUCAGGUUACUGUACCACGAAACGGAGGCCCAAUAAUGCCCCUCCAUCCUUUCAUUCUUCCCAGCACCAUCUUCCCUGGGGAGGUGACUACACACUGGGUGGUCGAGGCACACUUCCCACCCAUGCCACUCGCCCUCGAAUACCUCAUCCUCAAUCUGCACCAAGCCACACUCCAAAUCCUUACCCUCUAGAUCCACCAGAGACUAAGCAAAACCAGAAUUACGACACACUUUCCAAACCACCACGCCGAGUAAAGUCAACGGACCAGCUCCUUGCCCUCGCUGAGGGAAACACCUUAUCAAGACUCUCCAAGAACCAGCAGCACCAGUACUACAAAUCAAAAAACUCCAAUAACCAGAAUACCCUGCAGAAGUCCAAGGAGAGGCAGCUUAUGUCACCAGAUCAUCUAGAGGAGGCAAUGGAGUAUGGCAGCAGUACAAGUGGGAUGGGGAUGGGAAUGGGUGACUACACAUCUGGAGGGGGCGGCGGGAGGGUUCCCACCCUUCCCCGCGUGAGCCAUCAGAAAGCUCAGUCGCAGCAGAACGUUUGUGCAACACCGUCGCUCGACCGCCAUCACAUGAUCAAGAUGAACUCGCACCCGACGUCGGGUCGAGAGCAAGAGCGAAAUUCCGCAGCGAUGUCAGGUCACCUUGGAGGAGGCGGGGUUGGAGGAGUGGGAUGGAGCGACAUGCCAGGAACAGGGGUUGUCAUGGGAACAGGAACUCUUGGCGGACACAGUGCCAGGAGGCUGGCAUUCGCAGCUAAAAGGCAAAAUACCAUUGAACAACUUCACUUCAUCCCUGGUGCCGGAGGAAGUGGAGUGGCAAGUAGCCAAGGGGUUAGAACAGGAAGCAAGAAUGAGGUUACUGUGUGAGCAAGCUAGAAAGGCUAUCGAGAGAUUUAAGGGGGAAUGGAGAAGAUAUGUGAGGGAUAGACUGCGUGAAGAGUUGGAGGAUGGUAGAGACACUGUGGGAGAGAGAGAGAGAAAGUGGGCGGAAGAGGGAAGAAAAAACGAGAGACGAGAAAAAGGAGUAUUAAGAUGUAAAGGAAUCAGAGCAACAGAAUUUGAAGGAGGGGGCCACGAAGUGAGACAAUCUAGAUUAAGGAAAGAGGAUCGGAAAGAGCCAACUGGCAUCAUAUUUUUCACAGAUAUAUGUUGUAUAUGGUGGCAAAUUCAUCGAAUGAGAUUAGGUAACAACAGUCCGAUUUGAUAGAGCUUCAAAGUUUUCGUGCUGUUUAUGUUCAUGAAAUUGCCGCUAUAAAAUUGCCAUAUAAUGAUUAUUUAUAUGUGUAAAGUUUGCCUAUAACCUAUUGCACAGAAUAUCAAUAGAGCGUGAUAUAAAUUUCACACAAGGGACAGAUGAACUGAAACGGUAUUUUUUUUUAUAUUUGAGUCAUGUUUUUACACUCAAAUAUUGUACAUUACACAUUUCAGAUAUAGCUGCUAUGGAGCCAUAUAUUCAGAGAACACCUCUCAUCUUAUAAAUAUGAUGGAAACUUGUGGAACGUAUGCACAAGAGGAACCGGUUAAUCAAGGAGCGAUAACCCAAACUGAUUUAUAAUGUUAUUUACAUAUGGACAAACGAGAAUCAAUGAGGGGGAAAAUAAUGUACGUCAAAAUUAAGUGGACAUUAUGAGGAGAGGAAAUCAAUAAACUGUCAAGAAUUCAUUGAACUUUAUAAUGAAGUUUGGAGAAAGAAAGCCUUACCAUAAAUCACCUGCAACUUAUUCAGUGUGAAUUUAACAUGGAUGUACCAAGGGAAUUGCUGUUCAACUUUUUUUCUGAAAAAGUUUGUUCUUCUGCAGAUUGCUUUGGACUAUCAAUGAAAGCCAUUUUGGGACACUGUGGGCAGGAAAAGCCCGUGAUGAAAACCAAGAGAAAUGUCUGACAAUCAUCUUUUUCGUCAUCCUAAAAAAAGACUUAUUAAUGAUCAAUGGCACUUUGUUUGGAUUCUGAGCCACCACUUUCUACAAUGUUCAAGUGUAGGGAUUUGUGAGGGAGGUUCAUCACAAGAGACCCUGGACUAGCAAAAGCACAAGAAUAAUUCAUUUAGACCAGAUCCCAUAAUGUUGGGUACAUGCCCGUUUCUACUCUUUUUAGGUAAAGAAGGCUAUGUGUAGACAAAAGGUUCUCUGUCGAGAACACCUUAAGCUAUUAAAUGUGGAUCUGAGGAGAAAACAAAAGAGGAGUAAGGGCACUUUUAAUUGUAUUUUAUGUUAAUAUUUUGACAUCAAAUCAGUUUAUAUCAUGGUAGUCUCAUUAUCUCGCUCAGGUGUGUAGGCAUUUAAAUGUGCAUAAAGCAAACCUCCUGGACUGCUUUUUAAAUCUCCAUGAUGAAGCCAUGUGUAUAUGCUGUUAAAACUGAGACUCUGAACAGACUGAGAAUACAGGUGUGCCAAAACAACUAACCUGUAUUUUCAUAUCCGCUGUUACUGAUGUAUUACCUGAUAUUUUCACACCCAAUAACGCUUUUCAAUAUUAAGGGCUAUACCACACACGCGUUAGUGAUACAUACUAUGGCUUAUUCAUGAUAACUUCAAUUACUUAUUAAUGUAAUAAUUUGCAGAAAGACAUAGUUCGCAAUUAUUUACAAAAUGUAAAUCUUGGAUCGGUCCUUUACUGAAUGAUUCUGACCUCUGAAAAAAAGUCACCAUCUCAUUCAAUUUACAAAUUAAACAUUAUCAUAAUCAGCAUUAUCAUACAAAGUAAAUGUACAAACUGACCGUCCAUUUGUCAUAGAUUUUAUAACUCUUGGUAAAAUUUCAUUGUAAUAAAGUAUAAGCUACAGGCCAUUUGCAUAUUAUGACUCCAAGUAAAUAUGUUCAGGAGUAGUUUAUAUUACAUCCGAAGAGGAUCGGUGGUAACGUUCAUUUAACUUUUCACUGGAACUAGUGUGUAUCUUAAUAAAAUAGGAAUAAAACAUAAGGACAAUCUUCCUAACAGCUCUGUAAUACUUAGGUGUUUGUUAUUGUCAUUACUAUGACAGUUAAUAUUAUGGUUAUUGGUGAUUUAUUCUUGUUGUUAUGGUUAUCUUAUGAUUAUGAUGGUGAUUUAUUUCCUCUGUGGUUUUAGUGUUUUAGAGUGGUUUUUGUUUUAUAUAUCUUUCUCAUGAAAUUCUUUUGAAAUUAUGAGUAGAAAAUAGAAGCACAAACUUUAAAUCCACUCAUUUGCCAAUUCUUCGUGCAUUCCUAAAAAUGAGGAGUGCCUUCAAAACUUCUUAGUGUGAUGUCAUAUUGUAAUUGUUCUGAGCCUGCAAAAUGUCAUUCCGUGUUGCAGAGACAUCACAAUGGGUUUAUAAAUGAUGUCAUAGGUUGUUUGUUGUAUGUAUGUAACUGAAUGUCUUAUUUUGUUGAUUAAGUAAAAUAUAAAAUUUUUAAAAUGUUUAUUUCAGGGACGAUUAGAAUCAAUUUAGUAUUUUCUUGUCAUAAAAAGUCUGUAGCAAUGUCUGUUCAGUUUUGUAUUCACAAGCCAUAAUUGUGCAAUGUUUAUGAAAUUUCUUAAAAAGGCUCAUCACUGCAGAAAAUAACAAACACUGGAUGUAAAAAUAAAGCCCUAAAGCGUU